CCUGAAUUAAAGCUAUCCUCCCAUGGAAGGAAGGUUCAGAAAUUUGGGAAGCCAUCUCCUGAAACUGAAGGCUAGUCGCUGCCACAGGAUUAAGUCCUUUAAUCGAAUGUUCAGUGGACAUUGGUGAUCGGGGACUUAUAUCCGCGAUUGUGGAGAGGUGGCAUAAGAAAAUGAGUAGUUUCCAUCUUCCUGUUGGAGAGGUGACCAUAACCCUCGAUGAUGUGGCCUCUCUGCUUCAUCUUCCCAUUAUAGGCGCAUUCCACAGCUUCGAGACUCUUCAUGGCGACGAAGCGAUCUUGAUGUUGGUGGAGUUACUUGAAGUCUCUGGAGAGAAAGCUAGAGUUGAGACAGUACAAUGUCACGGGGCAUACGUACGCCUAUCGUGGCUACGAGAGAUUUAUCAAAGUAAAUGUGAGGUCGAACAUUGGACUGUAGUAGCUCGUGCUUAUUUGUUGCAUUUGUUAGGUUGCACUCUUUUUGCUAACAAGAGUGCAACAUAUGUUCAUGUGGUGUUUUUGGAUGCUUUCCGAGACUUGAGUUAGAGUGGAAGCUAGGCAUGAGGAGUUGUCGCCCUAAUGCAUAUGUAUGAUAGUUUGAAUGAUGCUUGUAAGAGCGACAACCGACAGCUUGCUGGAUACAUCACACUAUUACAUGUAAUUAUUGUCCAUUAUUGUAAUUUAAUUGUUUUUAAUAUGUUGUUAAUAUGUUUUUAAUAUGUUCAUUUGAAAUUUGUUUUAUUUUGAUCUAAUUUGUGUAGUAUUGGAUUUAUGAGCAUUUUCCCUCUAUUGCUGAGGCUUUUAUGGACCUAGACUAUGAUGAAAGGUCACCACGUGCCUACUGGUGGACUUCUACGAAGGCUUCUACAAAGUCAAUACCAGCAUCGACGUAUCGAAAGUGUCUAGAUCGACUGAUGACUACUGAUGUUUGCCGAAUGCCUUAUGGUGACCACUGUGUAGUGCGAGAGUUUGAUCUAAUUUCAUGCUUUUUAGGACAUAUCCGAUGGGUCCCAUUGUCAUCAUACACCGACCAGAGAGGGUGGUGCGGCAAUUUGGAUAUGUUCAGACCAUUCCUCCACACACUCCGGGUUCAAGGUUAUCCUUGGAAGAUAUCGAUGACAUGUGGAUGCAUUUCUCUGACUAUCUUGCACCAGUGGGGCAGAUUUGUGUUGUGCUAGGACAAUGUGCAUCAAAUUACAUCCAUUGGUUCUACAUGAUUUCGCAUCCAUUCUUGACACCGACACAGCCCGGGGGUCUAACCAAACAUCCUCCUAUGAUGCAACAUGACACAUAUGUGGAGCCAGAUAUGCCUGAGGUCCCAGUGGCACCAACAGCUAUGGAAGAAACACCUGCACAUGCCCCUUUUGAUGUGGAGCAGCCUAGACAUGCAGUGGUGGCUUGCCAAGCAAUCGCAGAAUGGUUGAAGCGUUUGCUCAACCUAAGGAUAGCCAUUGCAGGCACAAAAGUACACGAUAUCAUGGAAGACUGCUUAAGGAUUGCUAAGGGUGUCACUGCAGAGUGCAAUGUUUAUGUCAGGUUGCGACGAAGGCGGCGCACGGAUCAACCAUAGACGUCAUCCAUUUUUUAUUUUAAGUUUUAGACUGUUUAUAAUUUUCUUGUAUUUGACAACAUUUUUAUUUUACC